AUGAGGAGACUUCAGCUAUUUGAUAGAGGAAAACAUCAUAAGUAUGAAGAGGUCAGUUCUGGCUCGCAUGAAGAAACGUCCAAGAUUAAGCAUGGCAACAGAAAGACUGAAAAGGAACGAAUCCCAUCUCUACAUCUUUUAAAUCUUCCAAAAAAAAUUUUAGAUCAAAUUUUGGGCAGCUUGGAUACAAGGACCCUCCUUUCUCUUUGCUUGGUCAAUUCGCGACUCUAUUUUACUAUAACAAACGAAUUCUUGUACAAUAACGUUGUACUGAAUGACAAAUUAGCGUUGCUCAAAUUCAAUGCUCUACUACAUUGUGAGCCACAUGCUGCAGAUGCAUUGAAAGGUUCCAGACCGACCUCCUCAAGACAAAAUGUACGUUUUCUGAUAAGGUCUGUAGAAUUCGUGCGUCCUUUGUGUCAGGAUUCCUUGCUUAAGUACGGGAAAUACUGCAAUAACAAUGAAGUUUCCAUGAUUGGCGGCUCCUAUUCAUACUCAAAUGGUCCGACGCCGUCGUCAAACAAUUCGAUGCAUGCUUUAAGUACGCCGCUCAGCCGAGUCGCUAGUCGAGAGAGUCUGAACUCCGUAUCAUCUCUUGGUUCAAUCGAACAGGAAAGGAAAUCAGGAUCAGGAAGGCAUAGUCGUUCUUUCAGUCCUAAGCCCUCUCGUAAUAUUUCUCAAUUCUUAGAAUCCUCCACAAAUGCAUCUUUGCUCUCUAAGAUGGAAGCUAAGUAUGCCGAUUACACCUACAUUGAGUUGAUGCUAGACAUCAUAGAUUGCGUUCCCAAUCUUUCACGUAUUAUCCUUAGUGAAGUACAACCUGGCUUUCGAAUACCACUGUGGUAUUCUGUUUUAAAUGAUGGAUCAAGAGAGUUUUUCAAGAAGAUAAUUAAAGGACAACAGUCUAUGAAUAGAGACGACAUUAAAUGUUUCAAAUUGUCUUCUAAAUGGAUUUCUGAUUACGAAGAAAAAUUCUAUAGUCUUCCAAGGUUCAAAAUACUUGAAGUACGCGCCGCUCAGGAUAAAGUUCCUGUUUACUUCCGCGCUAAUCUACUUUGCUGUUUCGGUGUUUUUGAUGAACUGAUUUUGGAAAAUCUUGUGGUAGACACUCAAUCACUAGACACACCGCUAGAAUACCUGCCGCUUUAUAUGAAGAAAAGUGAUGAAGGAUUUCUUGACCUCCAUUUGCCAGCAGUCUCGUUGACGUUAGAUGGUUGUGAGAUUGUCCCCGGAAAUGGCAUCAUGAAAUUGAUCCAUGGUUAUUUCAACAGAGUGAAAAAUCUUAAAUUACUGAAUUUGAAAAGCAUGUUCGAUCUGUUGUUAAGCAAUUGUUUUCCUAACAUCAAGGAUCUAACUAUUGAUUGUAACAGUAAAUGCUUUAAAAAUGAAAAACUAGUCAGCGACGAAUAUUACUUACCAGAUAACUCCCUAUCUGAUGAUGAUGCCUCAUCAAUUACUGAGACUCUUAUUAAUGUGGGACCAAAAAAGUUAGUCGCACCGCCACCGACAAGUGCCGUAGUACUAUCAAUGAAUUUGGGAUUUAUCAAGCGGGUUGCGGACUCGAAUAAUAAAAAACCAGCAAUGCUGACGUAUGGUCAAUCACAGUCCUUCAAGAGUAUGAGAAUACCAGAAUUUCAUUUCUUUUAUCAUUACUUCAAAAAUAUAUGGGAUAGAAUUCCAUGUCAGAACAUUAAUAUCAGAGUUGUGAACAUUCCAUUCACAAAUGUUUUCCCUUUGCAACCUAGUCAGUUUUGGAAACAGCUGUUAGAUUGUCAGCAAGACGACCAGCAGACAUUAUGCGGAGUAUCAAGCGAUGAUGGAGAGAAUUUCUUCGAUUUACCGUACUGGUGGAACUCUUUUAUUGAAGAAUGUUAUGAACAGUCUCUGAGGCCACGGCAUGCUGGCCUAUUACCAGCGAAUGAUAUCAACGAAGAGGAUAUUGAUCCUCAGUUAUUCAACAACUUUCCUAACGCGAAAUUAUUCAAGGAUAUACCAAACAUUAAUGUAUGGUUUUUCUUGAAAUCGUUAUCAAAAUUUAAAUCAGUGGAAAUCAAAAUGCUAAGAAAAUGGCUGUUCUGUACACCCAGAACUAGAUAUGACUGGGAGCUAUUGUUGAAACCUGUAUUAAAUGGGCAGGUCCCUGUUACUGUUCGCGAUAACGACGGUUAUGUCCUAUAUAAGUAUGGGAACUCACAGAAUAAGCAAAAAUCAAACUCACAUUAA